CUUGAGAUGAGCCCGCCAAUGCGUCAGUGUGCAGUUUCCGUUUUCUGACAAGACAGGAUCGCCGCGACUGGCUGCCACGCGAAGUACUUCGGUGUCUCACGUCACUCCACGUGCGUCGGGCAUUCAACACGGGGUGUCUCGAAUCCUGCCUGACCUUGCCAAUGGUGGACGGAUAUCACUAAAAAGGACCGAAGUUCGACCUUCACCAUGGCUGCACAUCUGUGCCAACCUUGAGCCAAAAUGAAGAUCCUCGACAAGGACGAAGAGCAAGAAUACUACAGCGCCAUCCGUAAGAACGGAGCAGCUGCUGGCGUCGCCGGCUUUCUAGUCGGUCUCGUUGCUACAGCAGGUCUACACCGAUACUAUGCACCAUUCAAGCAUCUGUCACCGGCCGUGCGAGGCACUUUCGUGGUAUAUCCCACCAUAAUGGGAAUCAGUUAUGGCUCAACCUAUGGAUCUCAUUCCUUCCAAUCGCGGAUCCACCCAGAGACCAAAGACUACAUCGAGCAGAGGGAAGACCUCUUUGAGAGGAUGCACGCGGGCGCCCAAAAGACCGACCUCUCACGAGAAUGGCUGUAUGAGCACAAAAUGCAGGUCUUGGGCGCCACAUGGGGCGUCUCGAUGAUCACCAGCCUGCAGAUGAUGGCCAGAGAUCCGUUUCAGACGGGCGCACGAAAGCUGGUCCAGGCUCGAGUCCUUGCACAAGCAACGACAUUGACGGCACUGCUCGCUCUGGCGCUCAUUGAAACGUACGAUAUGAGAGAAGGGAAAGGCAAGUACCAGAAGGUGCUGGUGGUGGACACGAGCAACCCCGAGCACCGCAAACAUCUGGACAAGAAGCUCGGCUCGGAGCUGCAUCCAACGCCCGUGACGCUGAAAGACAUUCUUGCAAGGACUGAGGAGCAGAGGGAGGACGAGCAGAAAUAGUGAGUGUUCAUGACGCUUGUAUCAAGAAUGGUGCAGAAGGGCUUUCCGCCAAUACCUGUGCGUUGUUGCGGAUGCUUUCCCACAGAAAAUGCACUCUGAUGGUGUCAGCACGUGGUUUUUCUCGCUGACGAUUCGGA